GUUCGAUCGUCGUAAUUCACAUUUCACACAAACCAUUCAGGAAAUCGCCUGGAUCGAAGCUACUCAUUUCUGUGUUUUUUCCGCUUGGAUCAAAUCACCGUUCUUCAAUUCCACAUCGAUCCAUAGAUCCGUUCGAACGCAACAGACUUACUCCAUCUCCGGGUCGAGAAUACACAGAGGUACGAGGAUGUUCAAUUUCUUGAAGGGAGUGGUGGGCGGAUCUGGUACGGGCCUCAAGGAUCUGCCCUACAACAUUGGUGAUCCGUUUCCUUCUUCUUGGGGCUCCUGGUCUCACUUUCGUGGUACCUCCAAGGAUGAUGGAUCUCCGGUUUCGAUAUUUUCUAUUUCUGGUAGCAAUGCUCAAGAUGGGCAUUUGGCUGCUGGUCGGAACGGUGUUAAGCGCCUUCGUACCGUGAGGCAUCCGAAUAUACUGUCAUUUCUCCACAGCACAGAGAUUGAAACUCAUGAUGGUUCUGCUACUAAGGUUACAAUCUAUAUAGUGACUGAACCUGUUAUGCCACUGUCUGAAAAGAUUAAGGAGCUAGGCCUGAAAGGCACACAAAGGGAUGAGUAUUUUGCACUAGGACUGCACCAGAUAGCUAAAGCUGUGAGCUUUCUGAACAAUGAUUGUAAGCUUGUUCAUGGAAAUGUCUGUCUGGGGAGUGUUGUUGUUACACCUACUUUGGAUUGGAAACUCCAUGCCUUUGAUGUUCUGUCAGAGUUUGAUGGGAGCAAUGAAUCUGCUAGUGGACCUAUGCUGCCAUACGAAUGGCUUGUUGGGACACAACAUAAACCAAUGGAGCUGGUGAAAUCUGAUUGGGUUGCAAUAAGAAAAUCUCCACCCUGGGCCAUUGACUCAUGGGGCUUGGGUUGUCUAAUUUAUGAACUUUUUUCUGGUACAAAACUGGGAAAAACAGAGGAGCUGCGUAACACUGUUUGCAUUCCUAAGUCUCUGCUUCCAGAUUAUCAGCGACUCCUAAGUUCCAUGCCUUCUCGCAGAUUGAAUACCUCCAAACUACUGGAAAAUGGUGAAUAUUUCCAAAAUAAGCUGGUGGACACUAUACAUUUUAUGGAGAUCCUUAACUUGAAAGACAGCAUCGAGAAAGACACUUUCUUCCGCAAGCUUCCAAAUUUGGCUGAGCAGCUUCCCCGUGAAAUUGUGCUGAAAAAGCUACUUCCUUUAUUAGCCUCUGCCCUUGAAUUUGGUUCAGCUGCUGCCCCUGCAUUAACUGCUCUAUUGAAGAUGGGUUCUUGGUUAUCAGCUGAAGAUUUCAGUGUCAAGGUGCUGCCAACCAUAGUCAAGCUUUUUGCUUCCAAUGAUAGAGCUAUUAGGGUUUCACUUCUGCAACAUGUUGAUCAAUUUGGAGAGUCACUAUCAGGGCAAAUUGUUGAUGAACAAGUAUUCCCUCACGUUGCCACUGGAUUUUCGGACACAUCUGCUUUUCUUCGGGAGUUGACCCUUAAAUCGAUGCUCGUGUUAGCACCUAAGCUUUCUCAGCGUACAAUAUCGGGAUCUCUUUUGAAAUACCUUUCCAAACUACAGGUGGAUGAAGAGCCUGCGAUCAGAACAAAUACCACUAUAUUACUUGGAAAUAUUGCCAACCACCUGAAUGAAGGGACGAGGAAAAGGGUUUUGAUUAAUGCUUUUACAGUGCGUGCACUGCGAGAUACAUUUCCUCCUGCUCGAGGUGCAGGGAUUGUUGCAUUAUGUGCCACGAGUUCCUAUUAUGAUGAUACUGAAAUUGCAACUAGGGUUCUUCCAAACGUUAUUGUGCUAACCAUUGAUCAAGACAGCGAGGUUCGAUCAAAGGCAUUUCAGGCUGUAGAACAAUUUCUACAGAUACUGAAGCAGAACUAUGAAAAGACAAAUGCUACUGGACACACAACAGCAUCUGCAGUAACCACAUCAGUUCCUGGAAAUGCUGGUCUUAUUGGAUGGGCUAUGAGUUCUUUGACUUUAAAGGGUAAGCCCUCAGAACAAGCACCACUUGCUGCUUCUGCUUCGGUCCCAUCCCUUACUUCUAUGGCCUCAGAUGCAAGCACACCAAUGGAGAUGCCGAGUUUAAAACCGAAUCAUGCACGUUCCAACUCAGACUCCACAGAUCAACCUGCUCCCCCGUCCCCGACCUCAACAGAUGGUUGGGGAGACAUAGAGAACGGGAUCGAAGAAAAUCAUCAUGACAGCGAGAAAGAAGGAUGGGACGACCUCGAACCUCUCGAAGAACCGAAACCUUCCCCUGCUCUUGCAAACAUUCAGGCAGCUCAGAAGAAACGAACCGUCUCUUCACAACCUGCUUCUCAGUCUUCAAGGCCUCUUCCGGCUACGAGUUCACGGCCAAAGAAUAUUACCACCAUGAAGGCGGCCAGAGCCGAGGAUGAUGACGAUUUAUGGGGAUCGAUAGCUGCUCCAAUGCCGGGGACUACUACUUCAAGAGCAUUGAACGCGAAAAAGGCGGCAGGACAAGGCAAAGACGAUGAUGAUGAUCCAUGGGCCGCCAUUGCUGCUCCAUUACCGACCACCAGAGCAAAACCUUUAAUGUCUGGUCGUGGCAGAGGAGGAGGGGUCAAACCUGCUGCUUCUAAAUUGGGUGCUCAACGCAUAAACCGAACCUCAUCCGGGAUGUGAGUCAAAGACAAGAAGGAAGGGCUAUAGGAAGAAACAGAACUUGACAUUAUGUAAAUUUUUUUUUUUUUUUUUUUUUACAAUCUGCAGGUGAUUGACUCAUUUCAUAUAAGCACAGGACGAACCAGGAAGGAUAUGAAGAUCACAUCCGGACGCAUUAUUUGAUUUGUAAUACCAUUCUUUUUUCACAUCAAAAGAGUUUUUUUAAUAUA